AUGUCUGAUGUAGCAGGAGAAUGUUUUCAAUAUGCUCUAUUCUUUUUAAAUACAGUCUCCCUCACCUACACCCCAUUAAUCCUCAACCCUGUAAGCACUGCAUCUGGCUACUUCGCCGGAGAUCCUUUCACUGAUUACUUCAUCGGAGUCAAGUCUAUCAAGAUCAAUGAAAAUUUUGUUCCAUUGAACACAUCAUUGCUGUCCAUUAAUACAGAAGGCUAUGGUGGAACCAAGAUUAGCACAGCAGAUCCUUACACAGUAAUGGAAACAACAAUCUACAAUGCUGUCAUCGACACUUUCGUCGAAGAACUAGCCAAAGCCAAUGUCCCUAGGGUCGCAUCUGUAGCAACUUUUGGGGCAUGUUUCAACUCGAAGAACAUUGUCGGCACGCGAGGUGGCCCAGCUGUGCCUCAAAUUGAUGUUGUCCUGCAAAGCAAAAGUGUCUACUGGAGGAUAUUUGGUGCAAACUCAACGGUGCAAGUUAAAAAUGCUGUUCUGUGCCUUGGAUUUGUUGAUGGAGGUGCGAAACCUAGGACUUCAAUUGUCAUUGGAGGCCACCAACUCGAGAACAAUCUCCUAUAG